AUGGCUUUACUUAAAACUGUUCUGUGCCUUACUUUCUUUUGCUUGGUCCAUUGCUUACCCUCCUUUGUAGACAGAGGAGAUGCCAGAAUGCACUUUUCUGGAUCUGACUUAGGAUCAAAGGUAUUAAGCACUCUUUAUGGAAAGAGGCAUCACCAAGAUACAAAAUUUCCAUUUUACAUGAUGCAGCUCUACCAAACUCUAAGCAACAGACGCCACUCAGACGUUCCCAUGCCUGAACAUUAUUCCCUUCCAGAAUAUGACACUGUUCUAAACUUGGUUGCUAAAGGUAUGUAGAUGACAUGUACUAUUACUUUUUACUGUUUACUCGCCAUAUUUCUUGUUUUUGUUUUUAUUAAUAUUUAUUGCUUUGGCUUAUUUUACUGUCGUAAUUCUGUUCAUGCAACGACAUCUUUUUGUACAUGACAUUUUGAAUUAUUUACAACUUAAAGCUACAAUGGUAAAAUAUUUUUAUGGAAAAAAUAUGCAAUUUUCAAAAUACACUUAAAAAAAUAGAAUAGUAAACUAUUUAGUAGAAAUGUAACUGAGUGAAUGUUAAUUCUGUGUUUACUUAACUGCUGUUUUUGUUGUUGUGUUAUGUCAUUGGUCCUGUGUUUGUUCCCUUGUGAUUAAGAUGGACCAUCAUUUAUCAGACAGCCCCCCUGCUCAGACGAGUGUUAAAACAAUCAUAGGCUCAUUAGAUUUUGUGUAUUGGGACUUGGCCCUAUGUAAAAAUAGCACCUACUUACCACAAAACAAGGAUGCAAUGUUUUUUACAUUUGGUGAAGUAACUGCUGUUCAGUCUGUAGUGAUCUGAAUGAUAAAGAAAUAACCUAUGAAAAUUUAACAAAACGAGAUUAUAAAACGGACAAAAACAUAGACAGAAUGCAUUCAGUUACUAGUGUCUUUUUGUUCUUUUGAAUUCUCAUGCUUAUAUUACUAUAUUCAUCUUCAGCAUAGUUUUAUGAACUUGCCUGCUAUUACUUCUAUUGAAAGAUUACUUGAGUUGUCUGCUACCUUUUCUUUUCCUCUAUAAUAUAAAACAUUAAAUAUUAACUUUGUAAUAGGUUAUUCAUUUUGAGUGGUUUUUUUAUCUUCUUUAGAGUGCUUUCAAAAAGACGGUAAUUGGGCACUGCUUUUUGACAUGUCUUCCAUUUCCAUCAACAAUGAAUUAAGGUUGGCACAGCUAAGAAUCCAUCUUCCAUCUCUGGAGACAUCACGCAAUGUGACGGUGGAGAUCUAUCAUAGCAAGAAUGGACAUAAUAUGUUUUUAGGGUCAUUUGCCACUGACUUUUCUGUUGAACAAAACUCUUCCUGGAAGGUUUUCAAUCUGACUGACAUAAUUCAGCGCUACCUCAAUCAACUAGACAAAUAUUCUCACACAGAAGAUAUGUGGAUUAAGAGAACAGAUAGAAAUAACAUGGUGACAAGGGUAGAAGAAAUGUUAGCUCAGACAGAAAAUAGUCUUCGGCAGAAAACAGAUAGCGUGGAUGUGCCCUUCAUCACCACAGAAAGAGUUAUGCUGGUGGUGUUUUCCAAGGACAAGCCAUCUGCCAACCUUUCUAGUUCUCUUAGCCUCAUCAAAACAGUGGAGACAUCGAAGCAUGUUACACUUGAGAAAAGUACCAGACUGUCAAGUAUAAGGAGACACAGAAGGAACAGGAAUGAAAAGCACCAUCUGUUCACGGGCAAUGGACCCUCAAAUCCAGUAGAAGUUGGGAAACAUCUUUGCAGGAAAGUAGACAUGAUUGUAGAUUUUCAGAAAAUUGGUUGGGAGAGCUGGAUUGUCUAUCCAAGAAAGUACAAUGCAUACCGGUGUGAAGGAGCCUGUCCAAUCCCCUUGAAUGAGACCUUCAAGCCAACGAACCAUGCUUACAUGAAGGUAAAGAUACAACUGAGUUUAAUACUCUUUUGUUAUCAUUAAAACAUUUAAAACACCUGAAUGGAGAAAAUGUAUAUAUUUCUAAAUGUUAGCAAAAUAAUUGCUAAACAGUAAUUUCAAGUAGAUUUGGGUGACCAUAAAUAAUCCUAACUGCAUUUGAAGCAUGACUCUCAUCAUCCCUGGCCACUUUCUGGCUACAGAUAAUGAGAACAUUAAGCCAACAAGACAAAUGUGACAAACCAUUACUUACAAAUUCUCAGGCAGCCAAGCUGUUUAAGACUGACUGGGAGGGCGAAUGUUGAUAGCAUCUAUUUAUAUAUCAGAAAAUGCUCUAAAACUGAGGUAUUUAUUAAUAGAUAGUCUGAAGCUGUGUUGAUUGUACCAAGAUCAAGAAUCCCUUCCGUGCUUUGUUUACAGAUGUAUGCAUAUAUUUGACAAUUUUUUAACAAGCCUUUCUUUUCUCUGGUGAAUUUACAGAGUGUGGUUAAGCUGUAUCAACCAGAACGAGUGGAGUGUCCAGCCUGCAUUCCAGUGAAGAUGAGUGCAUUGUCUAUGUUGUAUUUUGAAGGCAAUGACGUCGUUUUGAAGCACCACGAGGACAUGGUUGUUGAGGAAUGUGGGUGCAGCUGA